AUUUAUAGUCGUUGGUUCGCCACCGAUGUUCUGUCAUCGUCUUCCGGGCUUCACUGUCGCGAGAUGAUCGCCACCGAACCGAUUCUUCGUCGAUUCGCGAUAACGAUGGAAAAAGCAGCCUCUCCGUGGCAAUACAGUGAUCGUAAGCGUUGUUUCAUCGCUUCGCCGUACGAAUGUGAUCGCGGGCAACAGAAAGCUGGACACUGGUCAUCUGGAGCGGGUCCAUUGCCGGCCUCGCUAACCAGACCCAAUCAACGUACUCCCACACAGUUUAAUGCAUGCACUAUACAUGUCAAACUGCUUUUGUCCACCGCUGAUCCGUGGGAUGUUCGAGUUGCCAGUGUCGAGCCGGAGGGUUUAGCUAAACGACGAGGUGUUGUCCUUCCGUCUCUACGUACCGCCGAAUCGCCAAAUGUGCCAACUUCGUCGCACACCCUGACCCGUACACCCUCGCCCUGGUACAAGCCGAUCCACGAUUCUCCGGCAGUGCAAACUUCGAAACAUCUUCAAGUCGAUCAAGGUGCUUUGACCAGCCCAGAGUGGCCACUUCCAUGGUAUAAACCAUUGCGAUCCCCAACGUCGGAGAGCUUCCGAGGUUCUACGCAGUCGGUGCCGUUGCCGAAAUUCUCGAGGAUCAGGGCUAAUUCUUACGGAAAGCCACUCGCGUCGACGGAUCACCUCGAAGCAACGAUUAGCAAUGACUCGGGUAUCGUGAAUGUUCCGGUUGUUCAGGUUCGCUUUGAAGAUGAGAAUAUCUGUACGCCGUCAGGCAACAGAGUUAACAAUCGCGAUCGAAACGCAAGCCAUUUGGCGGAGGUCAUUGUGAAUAAGCGGAAGGGAGAACGGGGAAAAGAGGAAGUCAAGGAGAACGGAGAAACUCAACUUUUGAGCAGUUCCGCCCAUAAUCUCCCAGGAAUAGGCUGGGCAAAAGUCUUGCAGGAAUUGGAGGAGCAUGAAAAUCAUCCUCCGGCGAUUGCUCGAGCAGGUAACAGGACGUCGAUUGGAAUCAUAGUCGAACAUCUUGUCGAAGAGAGGUACAACUCGCGGACUACCCGACGGCUCAAGAGACCCUAUUUGCGAACUUCUCCCGUGAGCAAAGUACGGACCAACAUCGAUCAACGAUCCACCGGGAAAGCUUCUACCCCGAAGCAGUUCGUUAGGAUCAAAGAUACGGAGGAGUCUGAGGAGCUCAUCAAAGAUUCAGAACGGAAAAGAAACUCAAGAAAAACUAGCGCUUCGAUGCCUGAUAAGCUAAAUAAUAUGGAUGAACUGGAGAAGGCUAUUAAACAUCAGGGUACGAGUUCAAGAUUUUCGCGGGAAGAGAGCGAGAGCAGUGCGACAUUCAGUAACAGUGGGUCAACGCCACGUGUGAGUCCCCUGGACUCUGACACCGAUGAUGACGUCAACGAGGAUGAAAUGGCCAAGAUGCCGUUGCAGGCAUCUUUGCAGUCCAGGCCGACGCCGAUCGCCCCCAUGUCCCAGGGGCAGAAAGGAAACAGGGAGAUGGACAUUCCCGGUGGUCAAAGCGUGAACUCAACGAUAACAAGCGUCAACAGUAUCAGCAGUCUGCUGAAGGAGAGGUUUCAGCUCGCGCUUCCCCAGGCACUGAGGAGCAGUAAAAAGCAACAAAACGCCGACUACAGACUCAAGGCUUUCGUUGGCGUCCUAUUUCUCAGUAUCGUCUUUUUAGUGGGAUUUGCACACUUUUACUACAACCAGCAUGUUCUCCAGAGAGCAUAUUACGAGCGGUUCAGGUUCAACAAGAAUGACAGAGUGAUGCACGUCUACGGUAAGAAUGGGGCAGAAAUAAUUGCUGCUCGUUUGGGCGAAGGUAUCGCAGCGGAAACCGGAGUAUUUGCGUGUCUCGAUUUCGAUCAGCGAUCUGAUUCCGUCUGCCUGGAAUGGCUGCAUCAAACCAGACUGUAUAUGUCACAUACGCAGCAGGACGACAUGCAUUGCUACCACGUUACUUGGCAAAGUCUGAAUCCUAACUACAACCCGAAGGACUGCUUCGACUGGUCGCCUAAGAGGGGUCACUGGUACGGAGCUGGACAAACGCAAAACAUGGCUUAUCCUCUGGAGGAAGGUAACUCGGUCCUGGAGCUGAGCCCUUUCAUCACCGGGGACAUAAGGAAGCACUCAUUUGGCAACGUUUUGAAGCGCUAUUUCCUCAAUUCCAAGGGCGCGACGAUACUGAUCGACCCCGAAACCCCUCUGUACGUUUCGAUGAAUGCGAAUCGAACCAAGGACUUCUGCAUUCAGGCCAAGCAUGAUUCCUUCGCUUAUGUCAACCACCUCACACCUCUACCGCAGCUCAAUUAUACCGUAUGUGCCUCUGAUAAUAUGAAGACACUCCACUCCUUGAUGACGGAGAAGUCGCUUUGGGACGGACUGAAUAAAGAAGAUGCUGACGCGGUUACUUCGCUUCUGUCCGAGCCGGUCUGGCAAAUAUCUCCUACCGACGAAGCAGCUGUUUAUAAUUAUACGAAAGCUGUUAUUACUCUAGGAUUCCUCCCAGGACAUGUGUUACUGAGCGAAGAGUGGCAGCCCAAUACCGGGGAUUUUCAUUUAGACGAAAGUCGCUUCGCGACAAUGGAAGCGACAAUCAAUGUCAUUCACCGUCGUGGAUUUAGAAUAGUAUUUUCUGUUCAACCUUUCAUAUCAACGGAGUCGGUUAACUUUAAGGAAGCGGUGGCCGAACGCCUCCUAAUAUCCGAAAGAGGAAGCGAUCCGAGAAUCCCCGCGUUGACGAGGUACAAGCAGAGCCACAGUGCCGCCAUAUUGGACAUAACGAAUAACCGAACCCUGCCCUGGUUGCAGAGAAAGCUUCAGGCUUUGCUGGACAAGUACAAAGUGAACUCGUUCUACCUCGACAUCGGCAACGCCUACGACAUGCCGCAUUACUACAACUGCCACAAGCCGCUGACGAAUCCUGACGAGUAUAAGACUCUAUUCACGCAAGCGAUACUGAGCUUCGCUCCUGUUACAGGGGUUUCCGGAGCUAUCUCGAGGCCUAGGGCGCCUGUUUUUGUUUCUCUACCACCGUUUCCUUCUUCUUGGAAAGCGAUAAAAACCGUGAUCCCAACGGUGCUGAAUUACGGCAUCAUAGGAUACCCUUUCAUAAUGCCCGGUGCCGUUGGCGGGGACGUCGCGCUCCCGAUGUCAGACAAUAACCCGGACAACGACUUCGAGUUCAAUCUCCCCGACAAAGAACUAUACGUCCGGUGGCUCCAGCUCUCCACCUUUUUACCCGUAAUUCGCUUCACCCACUUGCCUAGCAAGUAUUCCGACGAGUCGGUUCUCGAAAUGGCCAAAAGCUUGGCAAGCUUGAGACAAAAGACGGUCACACCAUUGCUCAAAAAAUACGCCUCCGAGGCUCUUGACUCUGGACUCCCGAUCAUUAGACCUCUUUGGAUGCUGGAUCCAUCCGAUCCAGCUUGUCAUGUCGUCGUCGAUGAAUUCUCGGUGGGAGAAGAGCUGAUCGUCGCUCCGAUUUUGUAUUCUGGAAGCAGGCAAAGGGAAGUCUAUCUUCCCGCGGGGGUAUGGAGAGAAGGAAUCGACGGUAGUCUCAGAAAGGGAUCCAGAUGGAUCCACAACUACAGGGUAUCCGAAGACAAGGUUGCAUACUUCGUCAAAAUGCCAGAUAACACUAGAUUUUGAGAUAUUUUUCUACUUGUGUCAGCGUAGACUGGAUCGUGUCAUUAUACUCUUAUUAUUAUUAUUAUUAUCGGUAUGAAUAUAGUCACUACAGUAUAUUUCUAUAGAUAAACCCUGAGAUCGAUCGAUUUGAGACGAAACUCGGUUGAUUCCUGAUCUAGAGAUGAAUGUAAAUUAGGAUUAUACUAUGUGACCAUAACGUAACAGCGCCAUGGAAGGACAAACACACGAAUUGAGCCACAAAGUUCGAGUUGGAGUCGGAAUUAUUCGUAAGCUUCAAAAAACUUACGGUCGCUUAGCUGUAAAUUUAUGUAGCGAUUAUACUCGAGUCUAAUAAGUUCCGCAGCCCUAAAAUUCUGUAGAGCGAACAUCCAGCGGUACUCCCACCGUGAAUAAACGAGACUUUUCUAUAUA